CAGUCUCCUCCCCUGAAACGGCUAGGCUCAUUCGGGAUGACAGCACUACGAAACCACCACUACCUGCGGAUCUUCAAAACGAGUCCUUUAAAUACCUAACACCGUGAACAGUGUUACCAACUAGCCAUGAAAAGCCACGUUUAUAAUUUAGCGCUAGUUGACUGAACGUGGAGUCAUUUCGGAAACACUUUUGGACUAAACGCUAAGUACGUUAGCAACCCGCCGCUGGCUAGCUAACCGUAAAUCUGUGAAAGCUUAAGGUAAAAACGUCCCCGCCGCGCCCUGGCAGCUGUGGAUUAUAACUACAGACGAAACACACGCGGAAAACUUACAGACACGUCGAGAGAGCAUGACGUCGAUGCCAUUUGACCCGACAACAAAUGCAGAGGGACGCUUUUGACUUGGGCUGUCAACAAGAAGCUCGCUGGCGUUAGCUGUUGUGGCUAUCCAGUUAGCCUUUUCGCCACCAUGGCCAAGAUAGAGAACGGCCGUCAGUCCGCGGACACACGGAGCAUCCGCACCAUCAGCAGCAGCCACAUAGACGACGAGAGCUCGCUGGGAUCCGACUCUGAGAUCAACGGCUUCACAAGCGACAGACGGACGGAUAAAUAUGGAUUCAUUGGCGGGGCACAGCAGUACUCGGAGACGUCAGCUCAGGAUGUGCCCCCCGCUGUGCUCAGGCAGAGGGAGGUGAAGUGGCUGGACAUGCUCAACCACUGGGACAAGUGGAUCAUCAAGAGGUUUGAUAAGGUGAGGCUGCGCUGCCAGAAAGGAAUCCCUCCUGCCCUCCGAGGCCGUGCAUGGCUUUACCUGUCGGGGGGGAAGGUGAAGAAAGAGCAGAACCAAGGGAAGUUUCAGGAGCUGGAUAACCAGGCCGGGGAACCCAAAUGGAUCGAUGUCAUUGAGAAAGAUCUCCAUCGACAGUUUCCUUUCCAUGAGAUGUUUGUGUCUCGGGGAGGACACGGGCAGCGGGACCUGUUCCGUGUUCUUAAGGCCUACACUGUCUACAGGCCAGAGGAGGGCUACUGCCAAGCCCAAGCUCCCAUAGCUGCGGUGUUGCUCAUGCACAUGCCUGCUGAGGAAGCUUUCUGGGGCCUGGUCCAAAUCUGUGAGCGCUAUCUUCCCGGCUACUACAGUCCUGGCUUGGAAGCUAUACAGUUGGACGGAGAGAUCCUGUUCGCUCUGCUGCGACGCGUCUCCCCGUUAGCCUUCCGCCACCUGGAGAAACACAAGAUUGACCCGAUCCUCUACAUGACCGAGUGGUUUAUGUGUGCCUUCUCCAGAACGCUGCCUUGGGCCUCUGUGCUUCGCGUCUGGGACAUGUUCCUCUGCGACGGAGUGAAAAUCAUCUUCCGCGUGGGUUUGGUGCUGCUUAAGUGCAUGCUCGGGACCCGGGAGAAGCUGAAGGCCUGCCAGGGCCAGUACGAGACCAUGGAGCUGCUCAGAGCCAUCGAGCCUCGAUACAUGCAGGAAGGUUUCCUCGUACGAGAGAUCCUGGAGGUGCCGGUGACCGCGCGGGACGUGGAGCGAGAGCAUCACGCCCAGCUGAAGCGCUGGAGGAAGACGCGCGGCGAGCUCAGCUCCAAGCCGGCGCCGAGGAUGCACGGCGCGCGGCACGUCAUGAUGUCCGAGCCGCCCGGGCGCCAGGACCUGCAGCAGAACCCCACCAUUGUCGUGGAAGGGCCUCCGCCGAAGGGCAAGGAGGAGAAAAAGAGCAAGAAGAAGAGGAGCAUGAAGAAACCCCAGACCAUUUUGGAGAUCCCCAACCCGUACCCUCUUCCAACUGACCCUCCACCUCCACCCCCGCCAACAGAUCCACCCGCUCCACCUCCAGUCAGGGACCAUACAAUCGAGACUGCGCCACAAGCUGAUACAGACUCACUUCAGCAGCCGCAGCAAGCUCCUCCCACAGACCCUCCCCCUGCCGAAGAAUCACCUGCUCUUCAGCAAUCCACACAAAGCCUUAGCAGCACAGAGCUGGACACAUACCUGUAGCUGACCAGCAGCAUCCAGCCAGGGUCUGUCCAGCAUCCCGAUCACUAAUAUCCUCCUGUUACAGUUUGUGUCAGACGCCGUUUUGUCUGUGUUGUUGUUGUUGUUGUUAUUAUUGUUGUUUGAUCCGCGCUCAUUUCUCCACAACGUUUUUGUUUUUAUUCAAACCAUAAAUCUUAACGUCGUGUUUACUGGGAGUUAAUGGGAGCAAAGUCACCUCUGCAGACACGGACUGAGCUCACUGUAAUACUCUGCAGCCACUAGAGGGCAGCCUCGUCCAGGCCUCAGUCAGAAUCCAGUUAAAGUCAUUACAAAACUUCACUCAGUUUGGGAGAUAUUCUUUUUUUUACCUUGUGUUUCAUGUUCUUUGCGUUGAUCACCGCAGAUGGACGACGUUGUGACACACCCUCUCCUUCAAGCACUAUUUAUUUAAAGAUCACGUUUGUUUCGUUUAUACCCCUGCUUGCUCUCAAAUGCGCGCGUGCUAAAACCUUAUAUAGUCGGUGUGCCAGCCUCGUCCAGCCUCUUUACAGCAGCGGCAGCAGUAGUUUAUGUUCGUCGGGCAGCGGAGAGAAAAACACAUUCCUCAUGGAUGAUACAUUUCUGCUUUGUUAAAAGCUAGUAUUGUAAAAAGAAAGAAAAAAAAAAAUUGUCUGAUGCCAAACUCUGUGUUUGUAUUUCACGUGUGAUGACACAGGUCACAGGUCACAGGUCAUGGUGCUUCUCUUCCACUUGACCUCUGUACAAGGGCCAACCAGAGCUUAAUGUGUAUUAUUUUGGUCUUUUCUUUUUUAAUAUAUAUAUAUAUAUAUAUAUAUAGAUUUUGCUAGAAUUUCCAAAGUAUACGAAGACUGUUUUGAGCAGGGUCAGGGUCUCUGUAGCAUUUCUUUAGGACAUUGUGAGAAAAUCACACUUGUUAUGAUGCUAACCCCCAAGAAUUUGGACAAUCUUUUUCGCGAGCGUCUGCUUUUGUGUUGAUAAACAAUAAAAGGGAGUUUUUGCUCGAGCACAAGUACAAGUUUGGGACGUGUUUGCGUGUCGUUAACAAUAAAAGGUCUGCUUUGAAAUGCAUGUAUUUAUCGGUCGGUCACAAAAGGGCUAAAAUGUAAACAGAAACACUUACCCUGUAUGCAAUGUUCUUAUUAUAGGUGCUUGUAUUACACACCUUAUGUUAAGCCGAUGUUCUUUUUCUAAUUCUGUGUAAAGUAACGAUCGGUUUUGUAGUGAAAUCUGUUUUAAAGGUGUGAUAAUGCCAUGUUUUUAUUGGACAGUUCCAGAAGUCGCAGAAUAUUUUAGAUUUACUGCGGGGGGAGAAUAUUUGUACAUUUAUACUUUUCCACACAGACUGGUUUUUUCAAUAUUCCCCACAUGGAGUUCAAAGAUGUUUUACAGCCACGCGGCCGUCUGCAAUAUCUAAACUGCUACAGUUAACUUUUACAAAAUAAAUUUUGUUCAAAGAAAA